AAGCAUUGGUUGUUAUUAAUACCAGUCUUCAAUUAGGGAGCAAGUAAAUUAAGUGUCUGUAAUGUUUAUUUUGUAGUAUUCGAGGUAGAAAUUAAACAAAUCAAGGAACAGGUUUCCCGUUUACUGGAACAAAACGAUUUCAGGGCUAUACAAGAGAGUCUUGAACGAUUAGAGAAAGUGACUAACAAUGAGAAACCCGAUCUAAAUUUGUAAGUAUAAUCGUUGCGUUAUUAUAAUUAAUAUCGAACAUUUGAUGAAGGGAUGGACUGAGAUAUGCGAUGGAUAAGUUUCGAGAGAAACCUGUCACAGACGUUUCCCGUCAUUUGCGUGAAGUACACAAGUGGUGCCGAGAAAAGGCUGUUGGUGCCAUGGAAAAGUUUGAAAAACGGUGGUGCCCCAUUGGUUCCUGUGAAGCUGCAGUACAUACCGCGGGGCUCCGCAGAACAAAGGAGACUUUUAAAAUGUGUUCAAGUAAAGGUAAAUUUGAAGGCUCAAUUGCGAGUCAGUUUGAAGCCGAGGGUGGAAGAAGUCCAAGUAAAAAACACGAAUGAAGUUAUGCACGAUCGACAAAGCGCCAAAAGUUCGGAAUCAGGUUCUUCUUCCAAAUUUAAAUCUGACACCGAUUCCAAAUACCAGCCUCAACAAGAAAACGUCCAGUCCCAGCAAGCAGUUGACAAAAUUCCUUGUUGAUCAGUUUUUUAAGUACAUCAUUUCAGCUGACGGAGGACAGAAGAACGAACAAGCAUCAAAGCAAACAGCAUCGCAGAUCAAGAGAAUGUAUACUGUGAUAAAAGCUUCAUCUGUCAGUGACAUGUUCCAACCGAGGCUUUUGAGAGACCAUUUUUUGACAGAAUAUUGUAAGGAAAUGAAAUAUGAAGCUGACACGGUUAAGAGAUACUUAAGAUCACUUGGCGAUUUCUGCGACUUCGUUAUUGCAGAAGAGGUGGAAAUUCCAAAUUGUUCCUUAGAAAAGGUGUCAGUGAUGAAAAUGAAACUUUUGGCAUGGUCGAAAACCUACAAAAAGCAGUCAAAGGAGAGAUUCUGGGAACGACAAGAAGAGGAUGAGAUCAUGAUGGUUACUCCUCAGCAAAUUUCCACCUAUAAAGGAAGUGAACAUAGCAGGGCUGCCAUUAAGCUGUUUGGUCAAUACGCCAGCCCAUACUGUCAAAAUAUGAUAAACAUGACAGAUUUUUGCAUAAUAAGAGAUUUCUUGUUUGUGGAGCUACAUACGAGCACAGCCCAACGCUCUGGUGUUAGUGCAAACAUGAAAUUAAAAGAAUUUGAAGCUGCACUUCAACAGGAUGAUGGCGGUUAUGUGAUCAAAGUUAGAGAUCACAAAACCUUUCACGUGUAUGGGGAUGCCAUUGUGAUACUAGAAAGACAUGUGUUUGAUUGGCUAUCAUUGUUCUUCAAUAAAAUACGCUCUCAAAUUAGCGUUUGUUGUCCAUAUGUUUUUACAUCAUGGUCUGGUAAACAUAUGGGAUCUGGUGCUAUCAGUCGUCAGCUGCACAGUCUUUGGCUAAAAGCAGGCAUUUAUGCAUUGACCGAUAAGUUACCUAAAAAUCUGAGUUGCACAAUAUUAAGAAAAAGUGCUAGCACUGGAAUUCGAGAAGCGGAAACUGGUUUUUAUGCUGAAUCAGCUGCGGCAAUGUCACAUAGCAUCCAAACUGCAGAAACGCACUAUGUGAAUCGUAAAAAAUUAAAUCAAUCUAAGCAAGGUUGUAAAGUGGUUCGAGGGUAUUUUCAUGGAGAAGUGGACUCAAAGUAUGGCGCAACUGCAUCUCCAGUUUUGAAAUACGAUGCUAAGAGAUCAUGGAGAACAGAAGAGGAGAGAAUUUUAAAGUCUGCUUUCGCAGACAAAAUUGUGGAACGAAAUGUUAAAAUUGAAGACGUGCGUCAGAGGUAUUUCUCCUUGAACAUUAAAGAACUUAAUCGUUAAAGAACAGACUGAUAUUGUGGAAUCUGAGCACCUUGACGAUGACUCUAAAUCAAAAGAGACCAAUGUAGCAGCGUCUCAGUCAUCUGUCGUUGCAUCCAGCAAUAUUGCCCGACGAAAAAUGUUUUCAGAAGAAGAAAUCGAGGAAAUUCGUCAGCGAUGUGGCCACAUAAUCAAAAGUGGGCCAAAGACGGAUGAUCUCAUUAAAAUGGCCUUAGAUGGCUCUAUGCUUGUACAGUUAAGAACGAGGAUUAAUUACGAAGCGUCCAAAAGAAAAAGCAUUUGCCGGAUGUAACAUUUCGAACGUUUAUCGUAUUUAUUUUCGUUACGAAAUAUUCGUGUGAACACGUGCAACAACUGUCACCCUUCUCACAAGUCGAUUAACCAUUAUAGCUGUAACAAGUUAAAGAGAAAGUCCACCCGAACACCCCCUAAAAAGUUGUAAAAGAUGAUAAGGUGAUUGCCUUACUUUAAGCGUAGAAAUAUGCCGUUUCUAUAUGGUUUCUUUUCGGAAAAUAGGUAAACGAAACCAACCUCAUUUGGCUACGAGGUAUCGGAGAGUUUUUAUCCUGGAAAAAUCUCUAAGUAAAGCUUGCACUUAAAUCACUAGAAAAAAGGCGAAUGCCUUCUGAUUGCUUGUUGUUUAUUUUAUAUUGUGUACAUAUGUUUUUUGAUGACGUAAAAAACUUUAACGAUUCUAAAAAAGUCUAGGAAAGACUGAUAUUACGGUGUAAGAUUGAUAUUACUAUCUUUAAUUUCAAAAGCAGGAUAAAUUUAAACCAAUUUUGUUUUUAAUACCUCUCGAUCGAAAUAUUUGAGAACAGAGAACUUUUGUAUAUAUUUCGUUUUUAAUAUCCCCAAAACUUCUUAUAACGAAGACAUAAAAGAUGAGCGUUUAAAAAGUUGUGAAACAAAAUCAAAAAAAAUCUGUCGCAUGACAAAUUGCUACUUAUUAUCAUAGAUUUCUAAUUUCUAGGGUUAAUUAAAUAAGUAAUGAUUAGCAGGAUCCUGAGGACUGGUAACUUAAUUCAAUUGAAUGCAAAGUGGAAGCUGUUGGUUAAGAUUGAUCGAUUUGACCAAAUUCGUUUAAUUGGAACUCCCCCAAAGUUUUGCGCUCUUAUAUUAUUUUUUCUUCCAGAUAUAAAUACUCUCAAGACACAAAAGUUUAACUUUAUGAUUGAAGUUUCCUGGUGGUUAAAUUUCCAUCCAAGUCGAGUCUGCAUAGGGAUAACUCACAAAUCAAGAAGUGUACUGUAAACGUCAUUCCGACGUUAGGAAGGGAGGGGUCAAUCCUUUGACGUUUAAAUAUUACAUGCGGCGAGACAUGACAUUUUAAGAAUAGAAAGUUUUAAACUCAUUGGUUGUCUUCACGCCUCACAGGAGUGCAUGUCAAAUCGAUUUUAAUUUCAAAGAUUACCGUUACUCAAAUAUGACAUUUUUUGAUUUUGAGGUUUGGGGCAGGAAUAAGGGGUUAAAAUCUAAAUGUCAAAAUAACGUUAAGCGUACCCUUUUCGAUUUGUUAUUCAUUCCUUAUAAAGAUGCUUAUGAAAUAAUCGGUUCUUGACAAUAUAGUUUCGAGAAUUUCUUUCUGGAAAUUAGGCCUAUAAAACUUCUUGGAAAAAUCCUUUAUAUGAUAAAAUAUCCACGGAUUUUUAGUAACAUUUUAUAUCUGUUGUAUGACAAAAAACUUUAAAUACAAACUAUGUGAGAUCAAGUGUGUUUUCAACUACUUUUGGUCGCCAAUUCUUUCAAUUAACUAUCCCCUGACCGAAAGAAAUUUUGUCGGAAAUUUGAUUUCGCGGAUAUGGAAAACUUUUCAACAGCAACGUAAGCCAUAAACUCGGGUGGAGGUUGCUCGUAGUAAUUUACUGACAUAAAUAGUAUGAAUAAUCAAGUUUUUGAAAAUUAAAUUUGGUAGGCGGUGUAAAAUAUUAAAUUUUUGCGAAAAUGCGAUGUGACUGAUUUUUGUUGAUUAAAUUUGUUCCCGCAACUGUUUCUAAUUCGAAUAUUAAGGGCCUAAGAGAGAUAUUUUAAUUA